GCUUUUGACAAUGACAUAAAUGGUUGUCUUUUUAAAGAUUGGGCUGACCAAGGAAUUAUUUCCAAUACCGUCCAGUGUGGAGGGGCUGGACUGUGCUAUCGUAAUAAUCCACAAGAUCCAACUUUAUUUGCUGUCUGUUACAACACAAACACUCUUACCCCAGACUUCACAGGUCAUAUCGUAAAAAACUUUGCUGGUGGCGGCCGUGGAUCCAGAUCCUUUAAAAUGGACUUAGGACCUUUUGGUAAGAAGUAUUGUCAAGUGCUUGAAACAUUUUAUGGAUAAUGAGGUUGAUUAGAUAGGAGAAACAACAACAACAAAAGAACAGUUUACAGUUGGCUGCUUAGCUACUCACUUAAAGGCUUCCUUGAACAGUAAGUAGAGACACAUUGUACGUAAAACGAUUAAAAGAACGUUAACGUUCGAAAGUGCACGAUAAGCCGUUUACUGCAAAAUAUAAUUCAGAGAAAUCUUCAGAACGUGUAGGCAAGUGAUUAAAGGAGCACCUGCCAAAAUUCUAGGAGAUACGAACUCCUGUUGGCUGUUUUCCACUUUAGUUUUUGGCUACGGUAAAAGCCCCAGAUCCACAGUUUUCGUAGUAAUUUACAGUACUGUGUGUGUGCUGUAAGUAACAUUUGAUACCUUGGAGAUUGCAAAAGAUGCUCUUCUGCAAAACUGUUUGCUAACUUUUCGAGACAGAACAGAGUCACUUGUAUGAAUAUAUGAUUCGUUUUCCUCCGCUUAAUGGAACUGACAAGGGAGGGCAUGGGAAAAUUUUGAAUAACCCCAAAAGAGUUUAAGAGAAGGUCGAAUCCAGCUAAAAUAACUUCUAAAAUCGGUUGAAGACUGCCACUUUUUGCCAGAUAAAAGUAAUAAGCCUACUCAGUAAACGAUCAAUUUAAUGUGGUUUAGGGCAAAUAUUGUCGAUUCUAUUUUCGAGGCAACGUGUGAAGAGGCCGUGGUCCCUUCUAAUAAUAACGUGCGUAGCGGGCGCCGGUGAUUACCAUCAUCAUCAUCAUCAUCAUCAUCAUCAUCAUCAGUUGGGAUGUUGUUUCCAAACAGACGAAUAAAGACAGUUUUUAUGUUACCAUUUUUUCUUUAUUUUGAGGCCCAGUUACAGAUAAAGUGUACACUCUGCAAUUUAGGGAAAACUCUUUUUUAUCCAGCGUGUAUCUCCAUAUUGAAAUGCAGUUGUCUCCAAAACAUGCAUGGCUACUCCCCGUUUUCCCAUCAGUGGGCACCACAUGCACAUCACAAAUGUACAGAACAAUAAUAACCAAUCUCGCUUGGAGGAAGAGUGAAAAAUUGGCUUGAAUAUACUGUAACAACUGACAACAAAGAUUUAUCUUGCCCAUAAUAGCGACAUGAUGUUUGCAAGGGUGUCAUUUAAUGUUUUUUUUUCUCUGUGUGCAUAAGAGUUGAAUUUUCCAGCAAAUCUCGACCAUAAUGUCGGCGUUACAAAAUCCCCCACAUGUACUAUCAUAUUAUUGGUCGAUGAUUAUUUCUGCAAGUUAUGCUGUAUUAUUUAGCUUUUGGUCAAAUCAAAAACAACGAGACAAGAAUGAUCAGAGGUCGAUACUCCACACCAAACCAUAUAAUAAGCAUAUCUUUUAUCCAACUUUUAUGGCCUAAAAUUUUGGUAGAAAAAACAGUAAAAGUAUAGAGAUCAUUGUUGCGUGACAUAUCCCUGGCUACAUAAGGAAUCGAAACGUCAGCUUGUCAAUUUAGAAGCAAAAUUAAUAUAUUUUUGUGUUGUUACUAGCCCCAAACCCUCAAGCCAAACCAGCUUACUACAGGACAAGCUUCCAAUCUCAGUUAUUCAACAAUUUCGAAGUAAAAAAGCAGCAGUUCCUUUCUAGAGGACAUUUGGUACCCAACGGGGAUUUCGGUCCACUUGAAGAUCGAGCUCUUACGUUUAUAAUGACCAACGUCGCCCCCCAGUGGCAGUUGUUCAAUCUUAGAAACUGGGGUCAACUGGAAGCUGCUGUAAGAGCGUAUGUUGCUACAAAAUCCCAACAGUUCCAAGGGGUAUACGUCUUCACUGGUGUAGGUAAGUAGCUGUUAACGUGCAACAAAAGUUUACAACAGAUUUUGAGAGAAUUCACACGUUAGUUUUGGGUCAUGCUCAAAGUUACCUUAUUAAAUAAAUAAUUAAAUAAAUAAAUAUAUGAAAACAACGUAACAAAAUCGACGACGACGACGAGGAUCACGACAAAACAACAGCACCUCUAACAACAAUAAGCCUGUUUUGGUCUGAUAUUGAAUAACAAAAACAUGUUUUUUUUUUUAACUUUUUAUGUUUUGUUUUUUUCUUAUCCUUUCUUUCUUGCUUUUUUCCAGCUGGUGGCGUUAAUAUACGUCUCAGACAACGCGUCGAGGUCCCACAAUUUUUCUGGAGAGCAAUAUGUGAUCCCAGUACCAGCGAGUCUAUCUUCUUCUAUGCUAAGAACCCUGUUGGAGAAGUGGCGGGGAAUCCGAAAGUGGCAGGCUGCAAUGGCAUAAUGCAGGACCGUGCAUUUGGUGUUAUCGAAUGCACAAGUGUAAGUAGCGUAUCGGCUCAAUUUAACUUGCAAUUCAGUUUCGGAGGCAAUAAAUGCCGACCUUCAACAAAGGGAUCGUUCAUGGACAGCUUUCUAACGAACAGAUUACGUUAA